GCCGGAGGAGGUGGCCACCGCGGCGACGGCAAUAAUGCCCUGUAUUGUAUCGCCUGUUUUUUGGGGCAGGCUGAGGAAGAGGUGACAUGUGGCACACAUACACCAAAAGCAACUGACAGGGAAAAAGUGCCUAUGGCCAGAAUUAGUUUUUCCUGCUUGUUUCCUGCAUCAUGGCAUUGCAGUUUGCCCUCUGUGACCCAGAUUUCUCGCCAACGCGUUGCUCUGCUGGUUAUUUUUAUUGUGGUAUUUCUGCUGGUCCUGGUGGCGGCGAUAAGUCCUAGGAUCUGGAGCUCAGGAAGACUUCAAGAUCGACAAUUCAGAAGAUACUUGGACCAGAUAGAAGACUUAGAAGCCACUGAUACGAAGGACAGUAAAUUAAACUAUGGCAUCGUCAUUGACUGUGGCAGCAGCGGAUCCCGAGUGUUUGUGUAUUUUUGGCCACCGCAUAAUGGGAAUCCUCAUGAUCUCCUUGAUAUUAAACAAAUGAGAGAUCGGAGCAGCAAACCUGUGGUUAAGAAGAUCAAACCAGGUAUUUCUACAAUGGCAUUAACCCCGGAGAAAGCGAGUGAGUACUUACACCCGCUGCUAACUUUUGCGGAGUCCUAUAUCCCGAAGGAUAAGCACAAAGAGACUCCGUUAUAUAUCCUCUGUACCGCCGGCAUGAGAGUUCUACCCGAGAGCCAGCAGACGGCUAUACUUCAGGACCUGGUGAAGGACAUUCCUCAGCAAUUCAACUUCUUAUUUUCCGAAGCCCACGCCGAGGUCAUCUCAGGGAAACAGGAAGGUGUCUAUUCCUGGAUCAGUAUUAACUUUGUCCUUGGGCGCUUUGACCAUGUUGUUGAUGAGCACGAUGCUGUUGUUUCCGUGACCAUAGGCAAAGAAGAGGAGUCCAUUAUUCGCAGGAGGACAGUGGGCAUUAUGGACAUGGGGGGUGGCUCUCUUCAGAUUGCCUAUGAAGUUCCAACUACUAUGACCUUGCCUUCUGCAGAACAUGAGGAAGCUGCAAAAACGAUGUUCGCAGAAUUCAAUUUGGGUUGCGAUCUGCAACAUACAGAGCACGUCUAUCGCGUUUACGUUACUACGUUCAUGGGCUUCGGCGGAAACUUUGCUCGGCAACGCUAUGAGGACAUGGUGUUCAAUGACACCAUGACAAAAAACAGGGUUCUUGAGCAGCAGACAGGCCUAGAUCCCAGCACCCCAUAUGUGGACCCCUGUUUGCCCGUUGGCCUCACAGACAAGAUCCAUAGGCAGAAUGCGGACCUAUAUAUUACUGGAAAAGGAGAUUGGGACGGUUGCAGGCAGCUGCUGGAGCCACUGCUUUUAAAGUCCAAUGACACCCAGGCUUAUCUGAACGGCAUCUACCAACCAGCUAUCGAUUUUUCAAACAGUGAGUUCUAUGGCUUUGCCGAGUUUCACUACAGUUCAGAAGACGUGCUGCGCAUGGGGGGUCCCUACAACAGCCAAAAGUUUGCCAAAGCGGCGAAGGAUUAUUGCAGCAUGUCUUGGGCAACAUUAUUGGACAGAUUUAACAAUCGCCUGUACUCAGUCCACGCCGACAAGCACAGACUCAAGUAUCAGUGCUUUAAGUCUGCAUGGGUCCAUAAAGUUCUCCAUGAUGGCUUUCAUUUUCCAAACGAUUAUUUAAACCUGAAGACGGCCCAGCUGGUAUACGACAAGGAGGUGCAGUGGACGUUAGGAGCGAUGCUCUACAAAACACGAUUUCUUCCUCUCAGGGAUAUACGGCAAGAGAGUCCUCGGCCGGCCCAUUCCAGCUGGUUUAGAAUCUCCUUCGUCUACAACCACUACCUGUUCUUUGCCUGCAUUCUCGUGGUGCUGCUCUCCAUCGUUCUCUACAUCCUGAGACUCCGACGCAUACAUAAGCGCCAAGCCUGGGAGUCCCAUUUUGACUUGCUUUUGAUGGAAGAAGGCAUUCACACGUUAAUAGAGCCCGCCAUAUCUAGAUAAAAGCAAUGCAACGGUGGAUAUCAGUUUGUUAGCACGAGGGAAGCUAGUCCGAUGCCUGUUGCUUGUACAACAGAAAACCAAAACCACGUUUAAAUUGGAUAAUAAUGGCCAUAGAUUUAUUGAAGGGUUUAAGAGGCAUUAAGAAAACAAAUAAC